AUGAAGCUGUUCAUCAGGGCACUGAUUCUGUGCUUAUCUCUGAGUCAAGGGAAAUGCACUGAAGAAACCAUGCAGGAUAAUGUCAUCCCUCCUUCUCCAUUGCCGGAGGAUAGCUCCUAUUCCGACUGGGGAAUUGGGACCAUCCGAGAUGGCAUUGAUGCUGUUAAUGGCUAUUUUGACUUUGUCUCGGAGCUGUUAGGAGGGAAGAACGGAGUUUGUCAAUACAGGUGCAGAUAUGGUAAAGCACCAUUGCCUAGACCAAAUUAUAAAUCUCCAGAGCCCAAUGGCUGUAGCUCCUAUUUCCUGGGUCUCAAGCUUGACAUGGGCAUCCCAGCCAUGACUAAAUGCUGUAACCAGCUGGAUGCAUGUUACGAUACCUGUGGGUCUAAUAAAUAUCGGUGCGAUGCCAAAUUUCGUUGGUGCAUGCAGUCCAUCUGCUCUGACCUUAAACGUAGUCUCGGUUUUGUCUCCAAGGUAGAAGCAUGUGAAUCAGUAGCCGACACAAUAUUCCAAACAGUCAGGACUCUGGGUUGCCGUCCGUUCAUGAACAGCCAAAGAAGUGCUUGCAUCUGUAAUGAAGAAGAACGAGAUGAAUUGUGAAAAUGACCAUCGAGCUGUUUGGUCAUGUGACAACGGUGACUUCUGGUGUCCUUUGUUUACAAGAGACUUGAUCUUCUAUCUUCUGGAACAAGCAAAAGUAUCUUAACUUUGGGGCUUGGGAAUCAAUCCCAAGUCUUGUGACCACCCAUACAUUAAUUGUCAAGUGAGCAUGAUUGAGAAAGGAAUCCCAAAAAGCAAUGGAAAGGUUUGGUCUGAUACCCUCAUCUGUUCUAUCUAAUGAUGUCCAUCUACUUCCCAGAACAUCUGCUUGACUUAGAGAUGAUUCAUCAUGUAAGUAGAGCAGCUGAGAUGCACGUGAGCAAUCCAGACAUCAAAGAAGAUCUAGAACAGGGAUCAGCAACCUUAAACAUUCAAAAAGCCACAAAGGUCCUAACUGGAAGCCCCCAUUGAAUUCUGGAGCCAACCGGAAGUUUAGUUGCCCCACCAUAGAGUCUCCUCCUAGCAUGGCAUCCUUUUUCCUCUGCUGACUGGAAGUCCAGUUCCCCCACCAUAGAGUCUCCUCCUAGCAUGAUGUCCUUUUUCCUCUGCUGACUGGAAGUUGGUUCCCCCACCAUAGAGUCUCCUCCUAGCACGGCAUCCUUUUUCAUCUACCUGUCCUAACCAAAAGCCCUAUCAAUUGUGGAGCCGACCAGUAGAGGGAUGAAAGAGCCACAUGCGGCUCCAGAGCCAUGGGUUGCUGACCCCUGAUCUAGAGGCUGCAAGAUGAUAUUGACAGUAUACACUUUUGCAGCUCACAUGUAUAUGAUAAGCUCAUGGCUUUCCUCACAUGCUGUCACUUUUGCUUUUCAAGUGAUACCAAGUCAUGGAAACCUUACAUUGCUGUAAAAAAAAAAAAGAAGAAGAAGAAGCCCAUCAAUAUUGACUGGAUUAACCCCUUACAGAACUCAGUUUGAGUUGUGGGCAUCUGCUUGAAGACAAAUGAGGGAAAAACACCAAGAUCGGAGUAUGAAGUCAUUGCACAAUGCUCAUUUUAUUUUCACUAGAUCAUCGUUGCAUUAAAAGAGUAAAAAACACGAAUCAACUUAUAAUAAGAAAAAGGUAUAGAUGGUACAUAAUGGUAAGAAAAAUAUAAAACGCAGAGCAUUUCAAACUUUUAUUAAAUAACAUACAUAGCUUAAAAUAAUAUCAGGGAUUGCAAGGAACUUACUUCUAUCUACAUAGAAUUAACUAGUAUUCUACAACUUCAAGUGACAUAACUAUAUAUCGUUCAUUCAGGUAAAACUCUUGGGGGUCUCCUGAUUCUUUUUCUAUACCUUCCUCUUUAAAAUUGAAGCAUUCUGGUAGGUUGCCCAUUGCUCUCUAAAGAAAGAGAACUAUUUUUUCCCCUCUCUGAACACAGGCUAAUGGAAUUAAACCGCCUUCUGACUGAGAUUGAAGUAUUUGAAGCUGCUUUAUUGUACUGCGGUAAUUGGAUUUGCACUGGUCAACCUUUUAUAUCAGAAGGAUUGGUUCGUUUUCAUAAUCCCUCAAAGAAAACAUUCCUUUUCUCCUGUUCCUGUGAUCCUGUGAAAGACAUCAGGAAUCUUUCAUUGGGUUCCCCCCAAAUAAAUUGUUGUUAUCACAAUGCAGUUAGUCCUCGACGUACGACCAGAGUUGAGCCCCACAUUUUUGUUGCUAACUGAGACAGUUGUUAAGUGAAUUUUGCCCCAUUUUACGACCUUUCUUGCCAUGUUUGUUAAGUGACUCGCUGCAGUUGGUAACAACACGAUUGUUAAGUGAAUCUGGCUUCUCUAUUGAUUUUGCUUGUCAGAAGGUUGCACAAGGUGAUCGCAUGGCCCCAGGACACUGCAACUAUCAUAAAUAUGAGUUGGCUGAAUUUGAUCAGGUGACCAUGGGGAUGCUGUAACCGUCCUAAAUUACUUUUUUUUCAGUGCCAUUGUAACUUCCAAUGGUCACUAAACGAAGUGUUGUAAGUCGAGGACUAUCUGUACACAACAGCAUACACAGCAAUAUCAUAGUAUCCUGACAAAAUGAAUGCAAGAAGCUUUUUGAAUCAAGACGGAAAAGGAGAAAUUUGUGUGAAAACUGCUCUCACC